AUGGCAGACUAUACGAGCUGCGAAACUACAGCGCCUCCUGAUGAAACCCAGACCUCAACCGCCGAAAAGCAAGAGCACUUCCUCAUAGCUGGGACUGCGAACAACAUGGUAUGGGAACAGGUCUUGAGCCAAUUCAACUCGAAAUGGAUGUAUCUCCUGAACGUUGUCUUAUUCGAAGUUGGGUCAGCUAUCUGCGGUUCGGCACCAAACAUGAACGCCAUGAUCAUCGGAAGACUCAUCUGUUGUAUCGGCGGAGCAGGCUCCGCCACGACUACCAUAGCAGAAAGGCCACUUUACAUUUCUGGCACCGGUAUAACGUGGGGUCUAGGUACCGUCUUAGGUCCUGUGGUUAGGGGUGCCUUUGAGCAGUCGGCAGUCGGCUGGAGAUGGGCGUUCUACAUCAACCUGUUCAUCAGGGCUGUUUGCGCACCAGCGUACAUCUUCCUCCUUCCCAGCGUGGACCCUCGUCCUGGUGUGUCCCUUAGAGAACGUGCGUCACAGCUAGACUACGCAGGCAUGGUCUUGCUGCUUGGGAGUCUGGCGAGCUUCAUCAUGGCCAUCAACUUUGGCGGCCUCACCUACCCUGCCUCUGCGGCUGGGGCCUUCAUACCGAUCUUUUUCGCCCCACUGUUCUUCCAAUUCAUUCGAAACGAUGGCGCGCUCGAUGCAGGAGUCAGACUGCUACCCAUGAUCAUCGUCUUGGUCGUCGCGGUCUUUGUGAAAGGGCUUUUGAUGGCCAAAUUCGGCUACUAUAUGCCGUGGUAUCUCGUCAGUAGUCUGAUCAGCGUCGUCGGCGGUGCUUCGAUGUAUACGGUCGACCGCAGUAGCAGCCAGAGCGCCAUAUACGGGUAUACCGUCCUCAUCGGGUUCGGAAUAGGCAUCUUUAUUCAAGCGUCAUUCUCCGUGGCGCAGGCCGUCGUUGACCCGAAGAACGUCGCUUCUGCUGUUGGCUUCAUGACACUAGCUCAAUGUCUCGGCAACACCACCGCGCUUGCCAUUGCCAACUCUCUGUUUUUGAACCUGGCCGAGACGAAAGUUCAGAAUAUUCUUCCUGAGCGGUCUGCGUCAGAAAUUGAGGCGGCUAUCUCUUGGGCUGCAGGUGGCUUUGUGCAAAGGCUUGACGAUGGUGUUAAGGGGAGGGUUAUCGACGCCAUUGUAGACUUUAUCAGCAAGACUUACAUCUUGGUCAUGGCUGCUGGACCACUCGUUGGGCAGCUCAGCCUGUUCCUGAAACGGGAGAAGCUAUUUAUCAAUCCCUCUGUUGCCGCAGUCUAA